UACUUUAAGCUACCAUACUAGAUCUAAUAAUAUUUUAAAUAAUACUAUAGAUUUUAUACUUAUUAGUCUAGUAUAGUAUUUUAUAAUGCCACACUCUAUUAUUUAUAUUAUACAAUAUAUAGGUCUAGAUCUAGAUUCUAGAUUACCUACUAUUUUAGAGAGUCUAAUAUUCGAUCAAGAAUAAAUCUAGAUAGAUAUCUAGUAGUAAUUAUCUAGUCAAUCUAGUCCUAGACUAAAUCUAGGACUAGGUGACAGGUCUAGUUAGUCUAGCUAGUCAGUAGUGGGGGGUAGUAGUAGUAGAUCUACUAGUACUAUCUAUUCUAGUUACGUCUACUCUAGUAGUAGUCUAGACUCUAGAGUAGUUCUAGAAUCUCAAUCUAUCUAUGAUCUUGAAUUUUGGUUCUAGAUGUAGAUCUAGAAUCUAAAUCUAAUGAUUUUAGAUCUAAUCGAUCUUAUAAAAACGAAGACAAAGAAUCAAGAUUAGAAUGUCAGACUACAAAAAUGAACUUUGUAAAGUGGAGAGUGAGCUGUCUUUGUUGGAAGUGGAGCUACAAGAAUUGUUGGAAAGACAAAGUAGUCUUGUGAACAGGCGAGCGGAACUCAAGCUGAUUCUUGAACAAAGUGAAUUAGACAAUCAACAGAACCAACAUAUCAAGUGGGAAGGAACAGAUUUCCCAUGGACUGCUGAGUUGGACAACAAGUUGAAAUCUGUGUUCAAACUCAAUGAGCUGCGAUCGAUGCAGAGACAAACAAUGAAUGCGACUUUGGCUAAAGAGGACUGUCUCCUGAUCAUGCCCACAGGUGGUGGGAAGAGCUUGUGCUUUCAGCUCCCUGCUGUCAUUAGCAAAGGUCUUACUCUUGUGAUUUCUCCAUUGGUAUCUUUGAUGGAGGACCAACAGAUGGCGCUGGAGCUGCUGAAAAUACCUUCUGCUAUCUUCACGUCUGCCACUUCUAAAGAAGAAGCUAAACAUAUUCAGGAAGAUAUGGUCACAACAAAAGGUCAUCUUAAACUUCUGUAUGUUACGCCUGAAAAACUGGCCAAAAGUAAAAGGUUCAUGAACAGACUUGAGAAAAGUUAUGCCGUAAAUCACCUGACUCGCAUUGUGAUAGAUGAAGUGCAUUGCUGUUCUCAGUGGGGGCAUGACUUCAGACCUGAUUACAAAUUUUUGGGCAUCUUGAAGCGCCAGUUUCCUAAUGCUCCCAUUUUGGGUUUGACUGCAACAGCUACAAUCAACGUUCUUGAAGAUGUGAAAAAGAUACUGAACAUUCCCAGGGCUCUUUUAUUUAGGGCUUCCUUCAACCGUCCAAAUUUAUUUUAUGAGGUCCAGGAAAAGCCAGCUACUCAGAAGGAUACCAUGGAUAAAAUAUUUCAUCUCAUUAAUAAGAGGUUCAGAGGUCAAUCAGGAAUCAUCUAUUGUUUCUCACGCAAGGACUCUGAGGAAGUGGCCACUGACUUAAAGUCUCGUGGCAUCAAGGCAGGCUGUUACCAUGCUGAUAUGACAGCACAGUCUCGGAGUGCAGUGCAUCGAAAGUGGCUUUCUGGCGAUGUUCAGGUUGUUGUGGCCACAGUUGCCUUUGGGAUGGGAAUAGACAAGCCUGAUGUCAGAUUUGUUAUCCAUCACAGCAUUAGCAAGUCCAUCGAAAAUUUGUAUCAAGAAAGCGGACGAGCAGGUCGAGAUGGCCAACGGUCAGACUGUAUUGUCCUAUACAGAUUGGCAGAUGUCACACGUCAGAGCUCAAUGGUCUUCACCGAACAGACUGGGUUACCAAACCUGUAUGGCAUUGUCCAGUACUGUAUAGAUGUAGCAAAAUGCCGAAGAUCCUUGAUAGCUCGUCAUUUUGGUGAAGUUUGGGAGAGUGCACAGUGCGAUAAGAUGUGCGACCAUUGUGACCGGGCCCAAUGUCAAGUGAAGGUCAAGGAUGUGACACAUUACUGCAAAGAUCUUGUAUCAAUAUUGGACGCAGCUGCUGCCACCCAGCAGAGAGUCACAUCAGCCAAACUAUUGGAUGCUUGGUAUGGGCGUGGCCCUGCUGGUGUCAAGGUGAAAUCAAUAGCAGCACCAUCAUUAGCCAAAGAUCAAGCUGAAAGAAUUUUAGCCCAGCUGCUUGUUGAGGGCUACCUAAGGGAAGAUUUCCACUUCACAGCAUACAGUACCAUCUGUUACAUAAUACCAGGUCCUAAAGCCAAGCUCCUUCGCAAUGGUGGUGUUAAGGUAGCAAUAGACUUUGUACAAGCAUGUGAUCAAUCAUCAAAGAAUACAGUCAAGGAUGGCUCAGCGGCUCCAUCCUCUGACACACCCCAUAGAGUGAAACACAAGAACAACUCUGAGACUUCCAAUGUCAAGGUGCAGAAAAAUAAAUUGAAUUCAAAAGGCACAACUUCCAAAUCUCCUGUUACUAGAGAUCCAUCUUCUUUAUUAACAAACAGCAAACUUGCUACCAAAAAACUUAUGCUGGAUCACCACGGCGGUCCGGCUAAACCUUCUGAGACCCACUCCAUGACUGACAUUGAGUUCAACUUUGACGAUGAAGAUGAAGGUGGGUCGAAAGAAAGGGUGAGAAAAGUCACCAGCCAAUCGGAUAUUUUAAAUUCUGACCACAUAAUAAAGACAUUGCCUAAAGGGGAGGCAAAUCCUGCAUCCAAACGAGGUCACAAUGAUGAGGAUGGAGUGGCUUCAAAGAAACUUAAACUCAUCUCAAAAUCAUCGUCUGACAGCGAAGAUGAUCUGAAAGACUCUAUAGUUAUAAGUGAAGAUGAUGACUUUGUCCCUUGAAGUUGUGUAGACCUACAGUUUAAUAUUUAAUGUGAGCAGGACAUGUGGGGAGUUUCCUUUAUAGGGCAUCUAUUUAAAUUUGCUUGGUUAAAAGUCAAAUCAGCCUUUUUUUUUUUUUUUUUUUGCAUUUCAUUUUGUGAAAAUGUUUUACAAGUCUUAAAAAAAAAAAUAUUACUGUUCAAUCAAGGUGUUCUGUUUUAUC